AUGAUUGUCCAAAAGACAUGGCCGCAAUACAUUGCGGUGCGCGUGCUGAUAAUCAUGAUGAGGGACUUGGGACUCCUGGGCCUGACCUACUUUUACGUCGUAUUUGCUUUAGGCGGCGUCAAGGCUGUUGCUCAUCCAGUUUCCAUCUUCAUUGAGGUCAUUGCCGCCAUUGAAAUUCUCUUUUACUUGCUCUUCUUCCUACCGUACAAACGAUACCUGCAGACUUACAAGCCGUACACGCCGGCUCGAAUGAGUCGUUCACAGCGCGCUCGACUAUUCUCCAAGGCCUUGAGUCUGGUGCCGGAUGGCGAGGAAUUUGUUCGCAUGUGGAUGCUCAACGCACACAUGGAGGAUAUACGCCGCGAAAGCCUAAAGGAUUGGUUACUUUGGGCCUUGUUUGAACAGGACAAUACAGCUGGCCGCCCUACCAAGGAAGUUGAGGCCGAACUCGAGGGGUACAUCGACGAUACUGAAGAAACGUUUGGGAUCAAACUACGCCCAGGAAGAGGAAAUGCAGAAGCCCUGAAACUCGCCUUCGACCCUGUAAUGAUCCAACAUCGAAGCUUGCUCUACUACAUGGUCAUUGGACUUUUCGAUAACCUGAUGGCCUUGUAUCUUCUGACCCAAGGCUACCGAUACUACAAACAAUCAUUCUCAACUUUCUUCAAGGUUUUCCCGGUCCGAUUCAUCAACCUCUUCCCUUUCAAACAAUCUGCAGCGAGCAAAAUGUCUUACUGGUAUCGACCUCACAAGUCAGCAACACAACGUCCCGUCGUUUUUAUCCAUGGCCUAGGAGUCGGCUUAAUCCCUUACAUGUUCUGGCUCCACACAAUCCCUAAGGACGUCGGCAUCCUCGCAGUUGAGAUGCUACCAAUCUCUUCCCGCGUCACCACGUGGCCACUGCCAUCGACACCCGAACUCUGCGAGAUGGUAGCAAAGUGUGUGGCACAGCAGCGAGCUUCGCAGCCAGCGCCCGGGGUCGGAGAACGUGGAGCAUGGGAUGACUUUGUUCUAAUUGGGAACAGCUACGGGACGUUGUUGAUGGGCCAACUACUACAAAGAGCAGAUUUCGCUCCGCGGGUUGCUGCAUCCAUCUUAAUAGACCCAGUGUCUUUGCUUCUUCAUCUGCCUGAUGUUGCUUUCAACUUCACUCGCCGGGAGCCUACACCAUCAAUCCGUGGAAGAACAGGACACGGCAACGAAUGGGAGAUAUGGUGGGCAAGUGCAACCGAUGCCGGGACGGCGUACACACUUGCUCGAAGGCUCUGCUGGAGGGAGUCUCUAAUGUGGCGUGAGAUGCUCACGCCAAGCCUGCGAAAUGUCGAGGCUGGCUACUAUGCAUCUGGCUCUCCAGAAGAAAUUGCGAUAUUCGGCAACGGCGUGCAAGCCGGAAUGCGCAGCACUGUUGUCUUGGGAGGAGAAGACUGCGUGACUAACCCAAGAGCAGUAGCAAGCUAUGUCUACUCCGGAGACGUGAAGUGGACGAUGGACGAUUUAGAGUCGUGGAAGCAGUACGAGUGGAGCGGAACAGAGGAGUUGGAGUUGAUGUUCUUGGAUGGAAAGGAUCAUGGGCAGGGCAUCAUGGUACCUUAUCCGUACAAGCCUAUUCAGACAGUCAUCGAGACAUAUUGCCGGCGGGAUGACGGAUUUAAAGCAUUUGGGGACAAGUUUAUAGGUGGACCUGAGAGUAUUUAUGGCCUACGAGUACACAGAGAUGAGGUUGUAGAGCUGAAGAAUCUCUAA